CCCGUCAUAAUAGAAGUUGACAUGUAUCUUCGAUUUUUGGAGGAGAUUUAAAUGUUUCAUCAGAUUGGAGUUCUUUAUUGUCAUUCUUCAUUUGUCUUAAGACUUUACUCGGAAAUUAUUAGAGGAAGUUAUUAUGCGCACAAGAAGCAAAUAUCAUUUUUAGAAUUCCACGAAUAUGCUAAUUAGUUGAGGGAGCUCGAGGUAUUCUUUUUAUGAAUGGAGCUGGAGAACAGCUGACUCUGUAAAGAUCAAUCCAUUGACAUAAAGACUGCGCCUAAAGUUUUACAUGUGGAGAACUUGCUGCCACAGAAAAGACCUGAUCAUGUAAUGAGUGUGGAAAACAUGUACGAAGUGCAGUUUUGAGAUGACUUGACAUUGAAAUCCUGCACUGAUCACUUGAUAACAACCUUCAUCACCAGGAAACUCUGACUUAAAGGUUUCUUGCUACUUAUUUAAACAUGGGGGCAGAAGAAAGCAAGGGAGGCAAUUAUGGAUUAAUGGGGGCCACAUCUGUGGAGUCCAACAUGAACAAGCAGGCUACAGCAGCCAGGUCUUGGUCACUGCUCCACAUGUGCUCACUUGACCAGUGGAAAAGUGGACAUGCAGAGGCAGCAGGGUUCAGCGAAACUUCGAUGACGUGUAGCGGGGUCGUUUUCAAAGACUGCAGUCCUACUUUCUGUAUGAAUAGGCAAGGCAUCAUCAAUAUUAACAAAUCAAGCUCUGUUUUCAGCUUCCGCCGCAAAAACAAAUUCACAAAAAUGGCGGAACAUUUUGAAUACAAUCAUAUUCCUGCGCAAUUGUCGUCCAUUCAAAACUUUCAUGUGAAAAGUGUCCUGUGCUAUCAUGAACGAACUGUCAUUUUGCAUCUUGUACGGAAUAUGAUGACGCAAUUUGGCAUCAUAAAUUUAAGUGACAAUAAAUUCAUUGGUGUGUUUGGAAAACAAACGGUUGAAUUUGUAAAUGAAGCAUUAAGAGGACAAAUAAGUCCCGAUGGAAACUUUUGCAUUUUAAAAAUCCCCAGCAUUAAGAGUGAUGAUAGCAGUGCUUUUGUGUAUCAGAUGUAUGAUAUGAAAACCCGGCAAAUGCUCCGAGAGGUAGUCCUUUCAUUCCACCGGAGCCUCUUUGCUUUUGAUCCCCGGUUCAGUUCAUCGCGCAUUGCAGCGACAAGCUUUCAGAAAGGCGAAGAGAACAGUCUCAGCUUGGUUCAGACCUCAAACUGGGAGGUCCUUGCCACAAAUCCAAGACUGGACGACACAAGAUGGACUCUUCAUCCAACGUUAAAGGAUUUAUUUUAUUCCAAAGAUGGCAAUCUGAUUUUUGCAGUCAUGGUUACCGAUGGUUGUCAUUGUAGAGAAAGAAAAGCUAGACGUUAUCCGCCAAUUGACAUCAGUGUUUAUAUAUUUAAUUCGGAUAAUGUCCAAACAUUGCGAUGUGUGCAAUAUAGCCGUUACACGUGCGGAACUCAUUCUUGUCCAAUAAACUAUCUGCCAGUUUUCUCUAAUUGUGGAAGUCGGAUGGCCAUCGUCUUGAAUGAGGCCGAUUCUAGCGUAGAUCACUUGCAGAUUUACAAGCUACCUACAAUAGGUUCUUUGCAAAACAGAUGUAGGGUAAGAAUCGCUCAAGUUUUCCCACCGGAUAUGAUACCAAAGCUGCCCCUACCGGCAAGGCUUAUACAGUACUUACAGUACCAACCAGAAUUUGCAUGAAACAAUCGAGGACUUCGUUCUGAACGAACGGCAAUAGGUAUAAAAACAAAUGGAGAUAUAAUUUUAUUUGGACGUUAUCUAUGUGAAUAUAAAAAAAUAGUGCUAGUCGGAAUUGUUGGUAUAAUUGUAUUUAUUUAAGUUCACCGAAGAGUAUAUUUGGUGAUGCAGAGAGUUAUAAAUAUACAUUUUUCCUUACAAAUUUUAAAACUGCAAUACGCAUGUAAAACAAGGUAUAAUUGUACUUAAUAACUCAAGAGUUUUUUCCCAAUCUUGAGCUACAGGCUGCACUUUUAAGCUACUCGAUGUUUCUAGUCAGACAUAAUUCAGUGGAUUGCUGCAUUUUCUCUCCUUCUGUACAUUUGUUAGUGCUGUAUAUACUGAGAAUGAAAGAUUUUGAGUGGAACAUUCUCUUUGUAUAUUUUAACAACUUGUUUUCAAGUGUGGUACAUUUAUAAAUAGCUGUGAUAUAUAAUUGAGUCAAUCACUUGGAACUGAAAUUUUUGGGGUCAAAGAUGCGAUAUGCGAUGAACACUCAAGAAACCAAUGAACUUGCAUAUCUGUGUAAUUGCAUGUACAUGAAUAUCAUACAUGUAGUAAAAGAUAUACUUUUAAGAAACAUAUUGUGAUAAACAUAUUUUUAUGCUGUUAUACACUCCCUGACCAAUUUCUUCAGACUCCCCCGUGAACUUUUAAGAUGUUGCUUUUUUACUGGUAUACUAGAAGCUAGGGACCAUCUUUUCGACUCUAAAAUGUUAAAUGAGAUUAUACGUGUCUAACAAUUAAUCUGUGGAUAUCUUCAGUAGAGACACACGAAUUUGUUUAAGUUUUCGUGUGACGGGGGUUUGUUUCAAUUUCAGUGCCGGUGUUUUUUUGUGAGAAUUGUUUAUGUGUUCAUUUGAUGUCAAAAAGCAUUACUUUUCGAGAUGACUCGAAUCACCCCAUUUUGAAGUGUUGUGACCACUACCAAAGAAGAAUAUAUUGUGCAUGCCUUUUUACGCUGUAAGUACCUCUAGUAAGAGAAAGCCAUAAUUAUGUAAAAUAUGCACAUGUAUCCUCAUAUACGUAUGCAUGAAGACAAUACAUAUACAGCAUGUUGUAUGAAGUGGAUUUUAAGGUUCAUCGACCCUCUGAUAAGAGGAAUAACUCUCACUUGGAUAAAUGACUAUUAUUCCUUUAUGAAACUGUUGACUUUGAAGGCUAUUUUCUGUCAAAAUUGCCAAGCAAAGUAUGUUGAAAGUGUGUGCAUUUUAAGUAUAAAUCUGAUUUCUUUUGGAAAAUCGGCAGCUUUUAAGCAAAUUUUAUAAAUAAACAGAGGAAUGAACCUUAAAAGGAAUUUUAAUUUUGCAAACCCCUCGGUCUCUACAAGGUUGUUUUGGAUCGAAGGCUAUAAUUCCAGAUAUGAUGAUAUCUGUAUUAAUUCUUCUAUUUGUUAACACAACAGUAUUCAUUUUUCAUUAGAAAUUUAGACAGUAUGUAGAGAAAAACAAAUCGUCUUUUUAGGAUAGCAAACAUUGAUUUUGAGACUACCCUCAUCGAUCUCAGACAACAACAUACGGGUGAUCUAAUCUAGUCCAGCCUUAUAGUCACCAGCUUCGGAAAUCACGAUUUAAUAUAGAACUGAAGAGACAGAAUAACGGAAAUGAUACUGAUCUGUAAAUGUAAAAAAUCAAUGCUAAUUGCUUAAUACGAGAUCUGCUUAUUGUGUAUUAUAUCAUUUAACAUCCUACUGUUUAUUUAUUUAUACAUAAGCUACAGGGAACUCUUGAUUGAGUGCAUGUCAUUUUUACAUCAUUUAUGUACAUAAUAUUGAAGUGCUUUGUCGCAUUUGAAAAUUGUCGUACAUAGUUGAGAUGAAAAACAAUUCAGCUUACCAGUAAUCUUGUAACCUCUUAGCCAAAAUGAAGUUAUUUUUGAAGAUUGUUCAUGUAUUUCAGGAUUACAUUUUUAAUAAUUUGAAUUGUUACCAGUGUACGUUUAAGCUUUCAAGCAAAAUUUAUUGUUUGUAACACUUUUUUCUGAUAUUUUUCCUGGACAGUAAAAGUAAGGUGAAUAUCUAAGACAUUUCUCAGUAUCUGCAGGACCUCAAGAGAAAUGACUUUGGAGAAUAAAAGUAUUUUUCUGAAAUAGUAUUUCUGAAAUAGUAUUUUUGUAGAAGAAGAUUAGAUAUGCAUUUUCUAAUGUUGUAUCAAAAACAUAAAAUAUAUUGUUAAAUCCAUAUUCAUUUCCACUGUACAACGUUCUGCUCGUCAUAGAUUCAUGCACGUGUAUGUUUGUUAACGUACAUGUAAUAGAAUAACGAUGGUAUUUUAUGCUGCUAAAUCCGUAAUUGGUUAAGCAAUUUUAAAAGAUUUUUUUUUAUAUUUUAGUGCAGUCAUUGGGAGGAGUUUUGUGGAUAUAACGAUAAUAUAUGGAAAUUUACUGUAUCUUUUAAUCAUAUUUAACUCCAUCUUGUUACGUGUUGAAGAAACGUUGAUUGAUAUAGGAGGUCAUCUUUGCGCAAUAUAGAAUUUGAAUACCUUUUGAGGUACCAAUUGUAAUUUUUGUUAUGCCAAAAUUUUAACAUGUCGUAGCUUUGUUCAGAUCACCAUGCAUGUGCACACAUGUAAAUCAUUUAAUCUUUCUGCAUGAAUCGCUUUGUUCAUUAACCGCUCGAUGCUAUAGAGUUAUCUCCCGUUCAUUUUGUGUAUAAUGGAGCUUGAAUACCUGUGAUCCUGUAGUGAAUUGUUUUAUGCAAUGACCUUUGUUUUUUUGUUGCUUGUUAAUGAGUAAUUUGUUCUCAAUAAAGUGAAGAUAAAGGAUA